UCUAUGCUGCCCGUCACCACAGAAGAGAUGGAACCAAACGGUAGCUUCCGGGGCACCAGGGAGAACUGCACAGUGGACGACUUCAGGAGAAAUUUCUAUCCCGGAGUGUACCUAGUUGUAUUUGUCGUGGGGGUCUUGGGAAACGGCUUUUCCAUAUUCAUUUUCCUGCAACCUUCUAGAAAUCCCAAGUCGGUGAAUGUGUUUAUGCUGAACUUGGCCAUCUCGGACCUGCUGUUCGUGUGCACGCUGCCCUUCCGAGCGGACUAUUACCUGCGGGGCUCUCAUUGGGUCUUCGGAGACGCGGCCUGCAGGAUCAUGUCCUACUCUUUCUAUGUGAACAUGUACAUCAGCGUGUAUUUCCUGACCGUGCUGAGCAUCGUGCGUUUCCUCGCCACUGUGUGUCCCUUCAGGCUCUUGCACGUGACCAGCCUCAAGACCGCCUGGGGGGUGUGUGCGGCCAUCUGGGUCUUCAUCAUGGCCCCCUCGGCCCUGCUCCUCAGCAGCGGGGCCAGCAGCCACGGGAAGCGGGUCGACUGCUUAGAACUGAACCUUAGCAAGAUCACCAGGUUGAGGAUCCUGAACCAUGUGGUGAUGGCAGUGGGCUUCGUCCUGCCCUUCUGCACAAUGACUGUCUGCUAUCUGCUGAUUAUCAAGACCCUGCUCAAGGUCAAACUUCCGGAGUCUGCGGCCCGGCUGUCCCACAAGAAGGCACUGGUCACCGUGACCAUUGCCCUCAUCCUCUUCGUUCUGUGUUUCCUGCCCUAUCACAUACUGAGGACGCUCUACCUCAUGCAGUGGAGGAAGGACAAGUGCAGCGAGCAGCUGCAAAAGGCUGUCAUCGUCACCAUGGCCUUGGCCGUGUCCAACAGCUGUCUUAACCCUCUACUGUACUACUUUGCUGGAGAGAAUUUUAAACAGAGACUAAGAACCGUAUUCAAAAGGGUGUGUUCACAGAAAGAAAUGCACCCGUCCUAUUUCUACAUGGUUAAACAAACAAUGCCUGAGUAA